CCUUUUGUUGAGGCAGCGUGUUUGACACAGCUAGAAUCUUGGCCUUUGACAAGCGAAAUGUGCAGACCAGAUAACCAAACGGGGUCAUCCAGGGACGUGAGAGAUCUGUAUCUGUAUCUGUCUUUCCUUUUUGGAGAGCAUCCAGGGAUUUGGAUUUCCCUUGUGUCUUUUUUCAGAGGGAGGUGAGUUCUUCUUCUUGAGGUUGGUUGACCAAUGCACACAGACAGAUAUGUCCAGUUGGGUUUCCACUGGCUUUCGACACGACAUGCAUGGAUGAGAUUGUUGCUCGUGUAUGGGCAUAUGGAAUAUAUGUGCAUGUGGAGAAGAUCGAAUUAGUUGUGAGAGGCGAAAAGGAUUGCUUCCAUGGGAGAAAUUCCCUUGCGGCUGCGCGAUAAGGCGGUCGCUGUGCACUUGUAUUGUACAGUACCAGUGCGUGGAAAAUGAGUUGGGAGUCGAUAAAGAGGGGAUCGAUGGAUCGAGCAGCAGGAUCUCGGCAGCCCAAUUAUUCAACCCUGUCCUAGUCGCCUGGUUCCAACGACUCCUGCACCGGCGCCGGUGUACUGUGGAAGUGUCGCGUGCAGCCAGACAGACAGCCUGAUCGCUGUCUGUGGCUUGGAGGAUCGAUCGUUUACAUUUGCCCCUUUUGUUAGUGAUGAGGAAACUGAAAGACAUUACAGCAGUACGUAGUAGCAGCACGUUUUAGUGGCGCAGGCGGUGAAUUAUAUAUGUGGUACUAGUAUAUGUUUAGGUAAGUUGAAUGUGGAUGGAAGCUUAUUACUACGGGGUGCCUAUUGCUACCACCUCCGUCCAGCUCAUAUUCCAUUGACCAACAGUUACUCCACUGGUUAGUGGCGGUGUUUAGGUAAGUUGAAUGUGGACGCCAAACGUUCAUGAAGCAGUCGGUGUUGUGGGCCUUGGUCACCUCACGGGCCGCCGACACCGACGAGAUUACCAGCCAGCGCCGACGGAGCUCCGGCCCAGGUGUGCAGCUAGCUCUUGUCCCCCAUCUGGCCGUCUGGGUCAACAGUCAACACUAACUUCCAUCCAUUCUGAUUUUCACCGUGUCAGCUCAGCUCGAUCGAGUGUCGGUUGAAUGACUGACUCAGAUCAACGCCACUUCACUACUCAUAGGAAAAACAACAACGUUACUACUACGCUACGGGCAGUACAAUUUUGCAUGUGUGUGCGCGCUCGCUUUCACGGUAGCUUCUGGAGUAUUUUACAGUAGUAAUCAUAGUAUCAGACAACCCGAUGCUCAGUUAGUUGGUGGAACACAAGACGAUCCCACCGCGAGGCUACAAGGGGAUGGCGUACGCGAAGCGGGUGCUGCUCGCCUCUAACGGUGGCGACGGCGGCGUCUCGCGGGGGAUCGCCACCGGCCUCGCCAAGCACGGAUGCAGGCUGGUUCUGUUGGGCGACGAGGGCGCCCUGGCUGCGACGGCGGAGGAGGUCAGGCGGUUUGGGGGAGCGGGCGCGGCGGCGGUGGUGGGGCUGGAUCUCGAGGCCUGCGACGAGGCGGCCGCCGGCGCGGCGGUGGACAGGGCCUGGCGCUGCUUCGACGACGGCCUCGACGCCCUCGUCAACUGCUACUCCUUCCAGGGGGAAGUGCAGGAUUGCCUCAGCGUGACUGAAGACGAGUACAGCAAGACCAUCAAGGCCAAUGUGAUGACACCAUGGUUCCUCAUCAAGGCGAUCGCCAAGCGGUUCCGGGACGCAGGAUCCGGUGGCUCCAUCGUAUGCUUGACGCAGAUCAUCGGCGCCGAGAGAGGGCUGUAUCCUGGGGCUGCAGCAUACGGCACGAGUCUAGGCGCCGUUCACCAGCUCGUCAGACUGUCGGCGAUGGAGCUCGGCAAGCACAAGAUCAGGGUGAACGCGGUGUGCCGCGGCCUGCACCUGCGGGACAAGUUCCCCGUCUCGGUGGGGGAGGAGAAGGCCGAGAGGGAGACCGGGGAGGUGAUGCCGCUGCGGCGGUGGCUCGACCCGGAGAAAGACCUGGCGUCCACGGUGCUGUACCUGGUCGGCGACGAGUCCCGCUUCAUGACCGGCACCACCAUCUUCGUCGACGGCGCGCAGUCCAUCGUCCGCCCGCGCAUGCGUUCCUUCAUGUGAGGUGAGGAUACAUAGUUUGUAUAGGCUAGGCAGGGCAUUUCAUGCUGUGUUUCCACAUCCCACCAUGGAUGGAUUAUGUUGUGUUGUACACCAGCAGUGGUCUGUGCAGGAAGUAAGGGCAAGUGUUCGGACCA